AUGGAUUUAAUAACCCAAACGAGCCUAGAAGCAUUAUUGCUAAAGGCUACUAGUUCGAAGAAUUUAAAUUUCGAUACAGCAGCGGUUGAGGCAUUUUGCGCUUUGAUGAAUAAAGAAAAGGACGGCUUCCACAUAGGCGUAAAAGUCAUAGCGAGUAGAUUACCGAACGGCGAAGAAAAGGAAAUGCUACAAACAUUGAACGUCUUAGACCAUUGCAUGGCGAAAUGCGGUACGAGUUUUCAAAACGAAAUCGGCAAAUUCAGAUUUCUAAACGAACUAAUUAAGCUAGUAUCGCCCAAAUACCUCGGCUCCCAAACGCCGUUGAUCGUCAAACAAAAAAUCCUACAGUUACUGAACGCCUGGUCGUUUCAGUAUCCGAAAGAAAAGAAAAUAAUGGAAGCCCUCGACAUGUUAAGGAAACAGGGAGUCGUCAGGGACAUCCCCGAUCCGACCGCGCCUUACGACGUCAUCGGCGCUUCGAAAAAGAAAUCGUCCGAUUCCAUAUUCCACGACGAGGAGAAAUCCAAAAUCUUGCAAAAACUGUUGCAAAGCAAAGACCCCGAGGACGUCCAGGCCGCCAACUGGCUGAUCAAAAGCAUGGUGAAAGAGGACGACAAGCGCGCCGAAAUGAAAAGCAAAACCAUCACCGAGCUGGAAUCCGUUCAAAACAACCUCAGGCUCUUGAACGAGAUGCUCGACUCCUACAAACAAUACGUCUCCUCCACCAGCGAACUAGAUCUCAUCAAAGAACUGCACGAGAACUGCCAACGAUUGAAACCGUCUGUCAACAAGCUCAUUGUAGAAACCAACCACGAAGAAGGCAUGUUGGCGGAUAUUUUGAAGACCAACGAUGAAUUAACAGCCACGUUCGAAAAGUAUAACAUCCUAAUCGUGCAAGGUAAACAGUUGGAAGCGAACGAAUCGCUCUUGCAAUUCGAUAGUGUCGAUUGCGGUAAUAAAGCGGAAAGUACGAAGAACUGGAGUCAAACCGAUAGCGUUGAUGUAUUAUGCGAUGUCUUCGUUAAUUCUUCUUUUAACGAUGCAGCGGAUGUUUUAAAACCCCUUGCUUUAACAGAAACCGAGGUUGUACGUUCGGAGGAGAGCAAACUAACUGGAUUCGAAGAAUUAGAUUUAUUGGGUAGGAAUUUACUAAAAGAAAAUUUACCAAACUCGCAACUACUAAAUAUUAACCCUAGCAGAUUGAGCGAAAAGGUUCCAAUGAAUUCGUUCGUCAAACCAACGGAAGUCAAACAGAAUCAAUUCGCAAAUCGUCUGGAACAGUGCGAUUUAGAUUUGAACUACCUGUUAGAAUCCAAAUUAGAAGAAUCGAAAACCUGUUUCGAUACAUCGGACGAUAACUUGGUGGACAUCAGCUACGAAAAGCAUCCAGAAAACGACAACGGCUCGAUACUAGCAGACGACAAAUCGGAUAAACCACCCAAAUCGGAGAUCAAACUGAACGAUAUAUCCGUGAAGUUAGAAACAAUCAAACCGAGCGGUCUGCCGCCUAUAACGAUUUUAAGCGAGAAAAACGGACUCGACGUAACGCUGCAUCUAGCCAAGGGUCAGCUGAAACAAGGCGUUAACAUAUUCGUUAUCACUACUGUUAAUAAAAACGAGCUACCUUUGAGCGAUUAUGUAUUCCAAGCGGUAGUUCCUAAGAAAUGCAAAUUGAAACUCCAACCGCCCUCCUCUACGAAUCUUCCCGCUUACAAUCCGUUUUUGCCGCCAUCUGCUAUAACGCAGAUAUUGUUAAUAGCCAAUCCUGAAUCGUUAACGAUCGGAUUGAAAUUCAUAAUUAGUUACAUAAUGGACGAGGAAACGAUUACCGAAAUGGGCGAAGUCGACAGAUUGCCUGCUUUGUAA